GGGCAACUGAUGUUGCAUCUAAAGGUCUAGAUUUUCCUGGGAUUCAACAUGUCAUUAACUAUGACAUGCCAGAUGAUAUUGAGAACUAUGUUCAUCGAAUUGGACGUACAGGCCGAUCAGGACAGCAAGGAGUAGCUACAACAUUCAUUAACAAAGCUAAUGAUGAGUCUGUAUUGCUAGAUCUCAAACAUUUGCUUAUUGAGGCCAAUCAGAAGGUACCUCCCUUCCUGAUUAUGUUAGGCAAUGGUGAAGAAGAUCUCUUGAUGUCUUUGGAAGCAUCCAAUGUGGAUGAACGUGGAUGUUCAUACUGUGGUGGCUUGGGUCAUAGAAUUACUGCUUGUCCACGCUUGGAAGCCAUGCAAAACAAACAAGCAGCAGGAAUUGGGCGUAAAGAUUAUCUUGCUGCCAAUGCAGCUGAUUAUUAAUACUUUACUGUAUUUGAGAAUGUUUUUGAAGAUAGAGCCAGAUGUAUUUAGUAUAGCAUAUAAUUGCAGUUAGAUUAUAUCUUGAGCCACUACACAAUAUAUUUAAAGGAAAU